GUGCUAAUAAGCAGUGAGGGGAAUAGGCUACUUGUUUACCUAAACCGCCCACUUUCCCAGCAGUUAACGCCUUAUCAGAGAGCUGUGUGUUUGUGUACAGUUUACAGAGUCUCCCUGAAGCUGAAUUCAGAUCAGCACUUAGAGGGGUUUACAGCUCGCUACCUCAUGUGCUCAAUCCCGCCUUCUGUAAAGCAGCCCAGGAUCUCACAUAGUAAAAUGGCUGAAAAGCAGAAACACGAAGGCAGGGUAAAGAUAGGACACUACAUCCUCGGAGACACUCUGGGAGUCGGGACAUUUGGAAAAGUGAAGAUUGGAGAGCACCAGCUAACAGGACAUAAAGUUGCCGUGAAGAUCCUCAACAGGCAGAGGAUCCGCAGUCUCGAUGUCGUGGGGAAAAUCAAGAGAGAGAUUCAGAACCUUAAGCUCUUCAGACAUCCACACAUCAUCAAGCUGUAUCAGGUGAUCAGCACUCCCACAGACUUCUUCAUGGUGAUGGAAUAUGUGUCUGGAGGGGAACUCUUUGACUAUAUUUGUAAGCAUGGAAGGGUGGAGGACACAGAGGUGAGACGUCUUUUCCAGCAGAUCAUCUCAGCGGUAGAUUACUGCCACAGACACAUGGUGGUGCACAGAGACCUCAAGCCUGAAAAUGUACUGCUGGAUGGCAACAUGAAUGCCAAGAUCGCUGACUUUGGUCUGUCAAACAUGAUGUCAGAUGGAGAGUUCCUGAGAACGAGCUGCGGAUCACCAAACUAUGCUGCACCAGAGGUCAUCUCAGGAAGGCUGUAUGCUGGUCCAGAGGUGGACAUCUGGAGCUGUGGCGUCAUUCUCUAUGCACUGCUCUGUGGGACUCUGCCGUUUGAUGACGAGCACGUGCCCACACUCUUCAAAAAGAUCCGUGGAGGGGUCUUCUACAUCCCAGAAUACCUCAACCGCUCAGUGGCCAGUCUACUUAUGCUUAUGUUGCAAGUGGACCCACUAAAGAGAGCUACUAUCAAAGACAUCAGAGAGCAUGACUGGUUUAAGCAGGACCUUCCUUGCUACCUCUUCCCCGAGGACCCCUCGUACGACGCCACAGUGGUGGACGAGGAGGCAGUGCACGAGGUGUGUGAGAAGUUUGAGUGCACUGAAGCCGAAGUGCUGAGCAGCCUCUACAGCGGUGACCCUCAAGACCAGCUGGCCGUGGCGUACCACCUCAUCAUCGACAACCGCCGCAUCAUGAACCAGGCCAGCGAGUUCUACCUGGCCUCCAGUCCCCCAACCAGCUCCUUCAUGGAGGAGGGCAUGCCUCUGCCACCAGGGGUCAAACCUCACCCCGAACGGAUGCCCCCGCUCAUGGCCGACAGCCCGAAGGCACGGUGUCCUCUGGACGCCCUCAACACCACCCGACCCAAACCGCUGGCGGUAAAGAAAGCAAAAUGGCACCUGGGCAUACGGAGCCAGAGCAAACCCUACGACAUCAUGGCUGAGGUUUAUCGUGCCAUGAAACAGCUGGAGUAUGAAUGGAAAGUGGUGAACCCCUAUCACCUGAGAGUGCGCCAGAAGAAUCCUGUCACUGGGAAUUUUGUGAAGAUGAGUCUGCAGCUCUACCAGGUGGACAAUCGGAGCUACCUGCUCGACUUCAAGAGCAUUGAUGACGAUAUGAUCGAGCACAAGUCAGGGUCGUCGACACCCCAGCGCUCUGGCUCUACGGCUGGCCUCCAUCGACCGCGCCUCAGCAUCGACUCUGCGAGCGUGGCUGUUGAGAUGCCCCAGCUGAGCAGCUCUCUGCCGGGCUCUCUGACCGGGAGCACACCUCUGCUGGCUCCGCGGCAGGGCAGCCACACCAUGGACUUCUUCGAAAUGUGUGCCAGCCUCAUCACUACCCUGGCUCGCUGAGACCCUCGCACACCAUCAUCUGAUGGUCUUUACCUCUUUAUAUUCAAAAAGUGAAGGGUUAAGGGUUGUGAUUUUUGGAGUUGGGGUGCUUUUAGGUCAGUCCUACAGUAGCGACACAAACAUACGGUGCCUAAAGAGUUUUUGGACUGACCUACAAAUGUAUGAAAGUCAUUGCAUUAGUUAACUAAUAAUAAUAUCAUAGCCAUCAGCAGACAAGUCAUGAUUUUUUAUCAUCAUCACUUAAAGGGUUAGUUCACCCAAAAAUGAAAAUUAGCCUGUGUUUUACUCACCUUCGAGGCAUCCUAGGUGUAUAUUACUUUCUUCUUUCAGACGAAUUCAAUCAGAGUUUUAUUAAAAAUUGUCCUGGCUAUUCCAAGCGUUACCAUUGCAGUCGGUGGGUGUUUCUGUUCAACAGUCCACAAGACGUCAAAUAAAGCGUGGGCAUCCAUAAUAAAACAUGCCUCACAUGGCUCCAGGGGGUGAAUAAAGGCCUCUUGUAACGAAUCCCAAACAAAAUCUCUUUAUGGAACAUGAUCUUUACUUAAUAUCCUAAUGAUUUUUGGCAUAAAAGAAACAUUUAUAAUUCUGACACAUACAGUGUAUUGUUGGCUAUUGCUGCAAAUAUACCCCAGUGACUUAAGACUGGUUUUGUGGUCCAGGGUGACAUAUUUAAAAAUAAGACAUUGCUUAGGUUUUCACUGCAAUAGUUACCAAUUAUUAAUAUUAUUAUUUGAAAUUAUAAAUGAUAAAUUCCGAUUAUAUUCCAUUGAUGUUUGACAAUCAGAUACUUUUUUUAACAGUGCAUUAUAUUGUUAUUUUAAACCUACCUUGGAUCUUUUUUAAAUUAAUUUAUUUUAUUUUUUAAUCUAAUGCAAUGACAUUCAUUCUGUCCAAAACCUUUUUAGGGGCGCUUUAACCAGAGGUUCUCCUCAUCAUCAUGAGUUUAAAUAAUUGAAAAGCUACAAAAAUACUUCUGAUUUUAUAUACACAUUUUUUUUCUUUUUUUUUUUUACAAUAUGUAUAAUUAUACAGUAUAUUUAUAUUCUCAUAUCAAUCACUUGAGCUGUAUAGUUUAGUUUAAUAGCUAUUGAUUGCAAUGACAUACCAAAAAUAGGUUUAUACAUACAGAGCAAAGAUCAUUAUUUAAUCAUAUUAGAUAUUAUUGCUUAUUUUACAAAGAAUUCAUAUCUAUCAUAUUUAAGUGGUAAUUUAUGGAGUGAAGAACUUGAGUGUUCUGGGUUUGGCUUGCGGUCUCCAGAGAGAGCGUUUAUGCUGUUGCUGUAUGUCACAGUGGAUCUCUGAUGAUACACGCCAUGUGCAGUGGAAAAGCCUGACCGUGACCGUGAUCUGUGUCUGUCUCAGAGGCCUUGCUUACAUCAUGGGCUGUGCUGCUGCCACAGAAAGACAAAUAUGCUGGAGGGAGGUAGACCGACCAGCCAAAGAGCUUCAGUGUUGUGCCUUGAUAUGGCUAAAAUACAAACAGAGAAGAAUAGAGACAGAUGAAGUAGAGAAAGUGCCAGUCAUUUUGUUGAUACGAGUGAGCCUUUAAUUAGACGGCCUUAAAAUAUUCCCAAUGCUUGAGAUUACAGCCAGCCAGAAAGACCUUAUUGAAGCAUUCAUCCUGAAUGACACAUUCAGCUUUGUUAAAUUUAUUUAUGCGUUAAAACCUAGAUUUUAAUACUAUUUUAAAAAUUAUUUUAUGAAUCAUCAGACAAAAUUGAAAAAAGAAAACAAAUAAUAAUAUAUUGCAAUGUUUAUGUAUUAAAAUAUAUAUUUUAGCAAUCAAAAUGUAAUAUAUGCAGUACGCAUUUUAGAUCAUAAUUAUCUAAGUUUGUAUCCAUAAUAUAUCAAUUUCAUUUCUAUAGCUGAUACACUACCUGUCUAAAAUUUGAGGUAGGUAAGAUUUUUUUAAUGUUCUGAAUGUCUCCCCUGCUUAUCAAGGCUGCAUUUAUUUGAUCAAAAAUACAGUAAGAUUUUUAAAUAUUCUUAUAAUUUAAAAGAACUGUUUUCUAUGUGAAUGUAUUGCAAAUUGUAAUUUAUUUCUUUGAUGCAAAUGUGAAUUUGCAGCAGCAUUCAGCAGGAAUAUGAUGAUUUGCUGUUCAAGAAACAUUUCUAAAUUAUUAUCAGUUGAAAACGGUUGUGCUGCUUUGUUUUUGUGGAAACCAUAUUAAACAACCAUUCAAAAGUUUUGGGGUAAAUAAUU